AUGUCAUCAAAGUUGGCUCCCGCUCCUCAGCCAUCGAUAAGACGCCUGUGCUGUUGCUCUGCCCAAGGACAGAAGAGGAGGCUGAACAGACCGUUGAGAUGGAGGACGAUUCUCACAAAGGAGCUUAAUUCUGUUGCCUCUGAGCUGGCGUCGCGGCAGGAGGAGAGCCAGAAUUCUCAUAAACAUUUAAUUGAACUCCGUCGGGAAUUUAAGAAAAAUGUACCUGAGGAAAUCAGGGAGAUGGUCGCUCCAGUCUUAAAGAGUUUCCAAGCAGAGGUGGUUGCCCUUAGUAAGAGAAGCCAGGAGGCUGAGUCUGCCUUCCUGAGUGUCUACAAGCAAUUAAUUGAAGCACCAGACCCUGUGCCUGUGUUUGAGGCAGCAAGAAGCUUAGAAGAUAGAUUGCAGCAGCUACAAGCUUUUGACCCCACCAGCCAGCCCCUGAAAGAUCUCCACGUCCAGUGGAAGAAACAUCCAGAGAUUCUCAAGACCAAAGAGCAGAGAGAAGGGACGACUCCAGCUGGAUUCACAGUGUCAGAGGGACCCAGGCUUCCGGGCAUUCCCAACAAAGCACUUUUAACAGAAACCUUGCUUCAGAGAAAUGAGGCGGAGAAACAAAAGGGCCUACAGGAAGCACAAAUCACUUUGGCCGCUAGACUGGGGGAAGCAGAAGAAAAGAUCAAGAUUCUACAUUCAGCGCUAAAGGCCACACAGACGGAGCUACUGGACCUACGGUGUAAAUAUGAUGAAGAAGCAGCCUCCAAGGCAGAUGAAGUAGGAAUGAUCAUGACCAACCUGGAAAAGGCUAAUCAGAGAGCUGAGGCAGCCCAGAGGGAAGUAGAAAGCCUGCGGGAGCAGCUAGCAUCUGUCAAUAGCUCCAUCCGCCUGGCAUGCUGCUCUCCCCAAGGACCCAGUGGGGAUAAGGUCAACUAUGCCCUGUGCUCUGGACCCAGGCUGGAGGCUGCCCUGGCCUCCAAGGACCGGGAGAUCCUGCGGCUUCUGAAGGACAUCCAGCAACUCCAGAACUCACUCCAGGAGCUCGAGGAGACAUCAGCCAAUCAGAUAGCCGAUCUGGAGCGGCAGCUUACUGCCAAGACCGAGGCGAUCGAAAAGUUGGAGGAAAAGCUCCAGGCUCAGUCAGACUAUGAGGAGAUUAAAACAGAACUAAGCAUCCUGAAAGCUAUGAAAUUGGCCUCCAGCACCUGCAGCCUCUCCCAGAGUAUGGCCAAGCCCGAGGACGCCUUGAUGAUCGGAAAGGAUGGGUUCUUUCCUGCCCAGAAAUUCCUCCUGGAAAAGCCAAGCCUUCUGGCCAGCACUGAGGAGGAUCAUUCUGAAGAUGAUUCUGUCAAAGAUUCUCUGGGAACCGACCAGUCCUAUCCCUCCCCCCAGCAGAUGCCUCAUCCUUCAGGGCCAGAAGACCCCAUCUCCCCCAGCCCUGUCCAGUCCCUGCUGGGUCCUGGCUUGGGACAGGAAGGCCAAAGGACUUUCUCUCUGUCCCCCUUCCCUAGUCUGGGCACUGGAGAGAGGCUUUCGGGGGAGGCACUACUCCCCAAGCCAAUGAUGCCCCCAGCAUUCAAGGGGGAGAGCGGGGGCCUGCUGGUAUUCCCGCCGGCCUUCUACAACGCCAAGCCCCCACCACCUCCAGCCCCACCUAACCCACCUGCCAACACCGAUGCCACAACCCCUGGGCCUCCUGGGGACCAAGUGGAGGGCGGCACAGUGGAUGAGGAGCAGCUGGACACGGCAGAGAUUGCCUUCCAGGUGAAGGAACAGCUGCUGAAACAUAAUAUCGGGCAGCGGGUGUUUGGCCACUACGUGCUUGGUCUGUCUCAGGGCUCGGUCAGUGAGAUCCUGGCCCGGCCGAAGCCCUGGAGGAAGCUCACAGUGAAGGGCAAGGAGCCCUUCAUCAAGAUGAAGCAGUUCCUCUCCGAUGAGCAGAACGUGCUGGCACUGAGGACCAUUCAGGUGCGCCAGCGAGGCAGCAUCACCCCAAGGAUCCGGACACCUGAGACAGGCUCAGACGAUGCCAUCAAAAACAUCUUGGAGCAAGCAAAGAAGGAAAUCGAGUCCCAGAAAGGAGGUGAAGCCAAGAACCCCUCCAUCCCCCUCAGCGUCCCCAAUGGCACUAACACCAGCACCUCAGAAGACGCCAUUAAGAGCAUCUUAGAGCAAGCACGGCGGGAGAUGCAGGCCCAGCAACAGGCCCUGCUGGAGAUGGAGUCCUCCAGCCGUGGCGGGGGGCGCUCAGUGCCCCCCUCACCCACCGAGCGCCCUACACUAGCUGCCGUAAGCCAGAAUAUCGUCCAGGCCUACAUCAAACAGGAGGAUGGGCCAACGGGCCUGGGCGUGACCAGCAGCAGCGCCACGCAGACACCCCUCACUGUCCUGUCCCCCGCAGCCUUUGUCCAAAGCAUCAUCCGUAAGGUCAAGUCUGAGAUUGGUGAUGCUGGCUCCUACUUUGACCAGCACUGGGCCUCAGAACGCAGUGUCCUCAGCCGGCCCUAUACGUCUGUCUCGCCAUCCCUCUCCUCCUCUUCCUCCAGCUACUCCAGCCAAGCCAAUGGGAGGCCCUGGCCCCGGGGAGAGCCCGGGGAGGCCCUGGUGAAUGAGGAGGAGGCCCCAGCAGCCACCAAUGGGGAGGAUGAACUGCCCAAAGUGGGCGAGAUGAAGUUGGAGGGGGCCGGCUCUGAGCCACCGGGCAGUGGACGGCUGACCUACUACCCAGCUUAUGUGCCCCGGACCCUGAAGCCCACCGUGCCCCCUCUGACCCCAGAGCAGUAUGAGAUGUAUAUGUACCGGGAGGUGGACACUCUGGAGCUGACCCGACAGGUCAAGGAGAAGCUGGCCAAGAAUGGCAUCUGCCAAAGGAUCUUUGGAGAGAAGGUGCUGGGUCUGUCCCAAGGCAGCGUGAGCGACAUGCUCUCCCGGCCCAAGCCAUGGAGCAAGCUGACACAGAAGGGCCGUGAACCAUUUAUCCGGAUGCAACUCUGGCUCACGGAUCAGCUGGGCCAGGGCAUCAGCCAGCAGCCCAACCCCACCCAGGCGAGUCCAGGAGAAGCACGGUCCACGCCGUCCCCACCGCCCAGCCCAGGGGAGCCUGAGAAGAGCUCCCAAGAGCCCCUGAGCCUGACCCUAGAGAGUAGCAAGGAAAACCAGCAGCCCGAAGGCCGCUCCAGCUCCUCACUGAGCGGGAAGAUGUACACCAACAACCAGGCCCCCGGAGGAAUUCAGGAGAUCGUGGCCAUGUCCCCCGAGCUGGACACCUACUCCAUCACCAAGAAGGUCAAGGAGGUGCUGACGGACAAUAACCUAGGUCAGCGGCUCUUUGGGGAGAGCAUCCUGGGCUUGACACAAGGCUCGGUGUCGGACCUCCUGUCCCGCCCCAAACCGUGGCACAAGCUUAGCCUGAAGGGGAGAGAGCCCUUCGUGCGGAUGCAGCUCUGGCUGAAUGACCCCCACAACGUGGAGAAGCUCCGGGACAUGAAGAAGAUGGAAAAAAAAGCCUACCUGAAACGCCGCUACGGGCUCAUCAGCACCGGCUCCGACAGCGAAUCCCCUGUCACGCGAUCUGAGUGCCCCAGCCCUGGGCUUCAGCCCCAGGACCUGAGCCUCCUGCAGAUUAAGAAACCCAGGGUGGUCCUGGCUCCAGAGGAGAAGGAAGCCCUGAAGAAGGCCUACCAGCUGGAGCCCUACCCAUCCCAACAGACCAUCGAGCUGCUCUCUUUCCAGCUUAACCUCAAAACCAACACCGUCAUCAACUGGUUCCACAAUUAUAGGUCCAGGAUGCGCCGAGAGAUGCUGGUGGAGGGCACUCAGGACAAUGACACUGACCUGGACCAGAGCAGCUGCCCCAGCUUCCCACCAGCCAGCAACUCCCACCAGGGGCCCACGCCACUAAGCCCAGACUCAGAGGCUGAAGACCAGAAACCCGUGGUGAAAGAGCUAGAGAUUCAGGGCCCAAGUGACAGCUUUGCCCCUCUUCCUGCCCAGGGGAAGACCCUGAUUGUGAUCAAGCAAGAGCAGGAGGAGGGUGAGGAAGAAGAGGAGGGCUUGGGGCUUCAGGACUCAGGGGAGGCAGAAAUGGGCCAGACCCAGGGCCCGAGCCUCAAAGAAGAGCUGCCCGAGCCCACAGGCAUGGAAGAAGUCCAGAAGAGGACCUCAGGGUCCCUCCCGCAUGGUAGCAACAUGCACCAGGCACCCACCACCCCAGACUGCCCCCUCCUCCAACUGCCCCAAGAGAUUGAGGAUGGGGAGCGGCUGCACCCUGACCCCAUCAGCUUUAAAUCCACCUCUGAGUCCUCCCGCUGUAGCCUGGAGGUAUCCCUGAACUCACCCUCGGCCGCCUCCUCUCCGGGCCUUAUGAUGUCUGUGUCUCCUGUGCCCUCCUCCUCAGCCCCUAUCUCUCCCUCCCCACCCGGCACCACCCUUGCCAAAGUGCCGAGUUCCAGCCCCUCUGCAGAGACAGCAGGGGCCUUGCACCCUGGCACCAAGCCGAACCCCAGCACCCAACGGCGGCACGAGAAGAUGGCCAACCUGAACAACAUCAUCCAUCGGUUAGAGAGGGCUGCCAACCGUGAGGAGGCCAUGGAGUGGGAAUUCUGAAACUCAGAGUCCACUCCCCACCCUCUUUCAGGUGGCAAGGCCCUCUGUCUGAGGGAGAUGAGAUGGGGGAGGGGGACAAAGCAGAACUAUCAAACUCUAUCUGUGGACUGUGAUUUGUGGGGAUUGUUUUUUUUUAAUUCCAUGAAAUUUUGAGGGGAUGGGUGGGAAGUUUCAGGGUCAGGCCUUCUCUUCAGCCCUGACCAACAUCCCUGCAGGCGGUGGUGGGCUCGGUCCCAUUCCAUGCUGGCUGGGAAAACUCAGAACUCUUUUAGAAAGAAAAAAAAGAGAAAAUAUUUAUAGACCUCUUUUAGCUAUUUUAAUAAAGGAUCCUUUCGAAUUUAUUAACGGUUUAAGCUGCUUUGAUAUUCAAGAGAGCUAUAAGUCAGGACGAUGUAGCAGUUGUCCGGAGACAGACGGUCUCUGAAGUCUUGUAGUUUGCCACUGGAUGAGAUUAAAGAAGACAUUUGUUCAAAGCCAUCACAAAGCACUAUGAGACUGACCAAAUGGAGUAACUUCUGAAGCGCGGGUUUUUUUCCCCCACAUUUGUCUGUGAGACAGUGCAUUACUACUGCCCUUUCCAAGACUGUUGAAAAAAAAGGAAAAAAAAGUCCCAAAAGACUCUAAAUGCAAAACUUUGAUGCCAUCAAGUAUAUAUUUCAUUCUGGUGGUAUGUUUUUGAAACCCCUUGUAACACCGAAUGUCAUGUGCCGUUGUAUAUGUUGUAGAAAUGUCGGCGGUAGUCCUUCCUGAGCGAGAUGUAGCAUGGUACAUAAAAAAAUUCCUUACACUUCCUCUAGAUAGAAACCUGCAAACCACAGAAGCCAAGCACCGUCCAUGGACAAAAUGUAUUUCCUAAUCCCCAAAGUGACCUGUGUAUGAGUGCGGGUGGGUAAGGGGCAAAAGGGUUGGAGAGAAGGCUGGACCCCAGCCCAGGGGGAGGGUGCUGGGGAGCAGGGAGACAACCCAGAGAUAUUGAAAAAUCCUUGGCCUAGGCAGGUCUUUGCCCACAAAUAUGGAAUCCCAGUUAUGACACCUUGGGAGAUCUUCCCCAAGAGAGUUGGGGCAUACCCCAGGGUAAGAUGCCACCAUUAUUCUACCCUUCCCUGGGAUGACAUAACCAUCAUCAUCCUCUCCUUCCUCAUCUUUUGAGAAAGCCACAGAAUUCAUCAUCCUUUUGGCCCUGGGGAUAGACUGAGAAAAGAAUUUGAAAACCUCCAGUUCCCCUUCAUACCUUCUAUCUUGUUUUGAGGUAGCUGGACAGCAUUCAAAACUCAAAUACUGUAGGUCUAGAGAGCUGGAUCUGGGGAAUGUGGAAUGUAGGAUGGAAAUCAGUCCCUUCCUCUGUGACUUGAUGAGAUCCUCAUCUCAGUGGCCAGAGUCUCAGAACACAAGAAUCAUUGGGAGGGGCAAAUAAGCAACAAUUGCUCUCAACAGAACCUUCCCCAGAUCCUUCCAGUGUGUUCACUCUUGAAGACCAUCAAAUUCAAAGUCAACAUCUCCACUUGAGUGGUAUCCAACUUCUUAGCUGUGGCAAGCUUUGUAGGUUUCUUUUGGGUUUCCCCCACAUGGGUGGCAUGUGGAACUGACAUUUGCUUUUUAAGUUUUUUUUUUUUCCUCUCCAUUAAAAGACUGUCCGAUCCAUUGGUUGAAUCCAAAGUUAAGUCAGGACAGCCAGAGGCAGGGAACAUUGAUUGCCUUCGAAAGAGACAGAUAUGACUGAUGAGGGGCUUAGAGAGUUUGGGGAAGGAGGGUACAAACAACUCUGUCAAAGCACCAGGAAGUCACAGGGAGGAUGAAGGAAGACUUGAGGUUGUUCCAGAGAAUGUAAUUCUACCAUGUCUGGCCAUGGGCCCCUCGGUCAUCCAAGCGGAACCUCCGUACCAAAUGGCCCAGGCGAACCCUGACGGGGAAAACUUAACCUUUCCACACACCCAGGCUAUGCAUCGAAGAGUUUUCCACUGUAUACAUUUUUAUCCAAAUGAAGGUAUUUUUAUAUUCUGGCAGUAGUUAACAGUGACCAAUUUUAAAAAUGAAUGAACCUGGAAUAGAGAGACCACCUUCGUUUCACGACCAUAGCCCCGUCAGAACCAAGCGAACCAUGGAAAUGGACCUAUUUUUACUGUCGAAACCAACGCUGUACUGAGGUCUAGGCAUACAUGCAAACUACUCUUCAUAGAGUGCUAGCCUUAGCUUUAGUGGAACGGGAUUGGAAUAAGCACUUAGUAUAGUCUUCAAAAAUGGAAAUCCUGUUGUACUCAAAGCUAGUGGACCUGUGAACACCUUUCAUUGGGCUCAUGUACUGUACGGAAAAAAAAAGUUUCUAUGAGAGAUUGACGAACUUUGUUAAAAAUUUUAAAAAUGAACAAGUUCUGUAAACAAGCCACUAAAAAUACAGAAUUGUAUAAUAA